AUGAUACCCAGUCCUUCAAGUAAGGAGAGAAAACUGUUGAAGCCUCAUAAUCCUGGAACUUCGCCAGUGAAAAUUUGUCAACCUCCGGUGCGUUCUCCCCUGGUUACGCCUACGAAAAGUUACGGUGAUAGAUUCAUUCCGAUUCGGAAACCGAAUCAGGAGUGGACCACGCGGUACAAUGCAAUAGUUUGUCCAGAACAAGAGUCUCCGGUUAGCUUCAAGCGUCCCACAGCGAAUCGUACUCCAGCUACGACUACGAAUGUCACCAAUAAUAAUGGUAGUCCCAGCUCACAGUACAACCAAAACCAGAACACGAACAAUGAAGAAUCACGACAGGAUCAAAUGGUUGUUCGUGCGCUGCUUCGAAACGAGUUGUUACAGGAUAGAAUUGAUGACAUACGAUCUUGCUACAAAGAUCUGGAAACAGAGAAGCCUCCAAGCAGUCCUGCUGGAGGACUUUUCAGCUACAUCAAGCGAACACCGACCAAGUUAGGGGAUCCUAGUACUUCUCAUAGUUUCGCUUUGUCACCGUUUUCUGGUCCGCUGAGUGAGGAUAGUCAAAGACUUCUAAAAAGCCCCCGAAAACCGCAAAGGAAAGUCCCGAAGAACCCAUACAAGGUGCUUGAUGCUCCGGAGCUUCAAGAUGACUUCUAUCUCAAUCUAGUCGAUUGGUCUUCUCAAAAUAUGCUGUCUGUAGGGCUUAAUACGUGUGUGUAUUUGUGGAGCGCCUGUAAUAGUCAGGUUGUUAAAUUAUGCGAUUUGGUGAAUGAUCAGGACACCGUGACCUCUGUGCAGUGGGCAGAUAAAGGUGAACUCCUUGCAGUUGGUACAAAUCGCGGAAUCACUCAAAUAUGGGAUGUGCAUAGUCAGAAAAUGACUAUGGAGCUUUCUGGUCAUACAUCACGUGUUGGGUGCUUGGCUUGGAAUGGCGACCUCGUUUGCUCGGGGAGUCGUGAUCGUCACAUCAUCCAACGUGACAUUCGCCAACCUCAUAACACGGAAAAGAAGAUGAGCGCGCACCGUCAAGAGGUCUGUGGUUUGAAGUGGUCACCUGACAAGCAAUAUCUUGCAUCUGGUGGAAACGAUAACCAGUUGUUGGUAUGGUCUAUGCGGCGCACUGAUCCAAGCCAAACAUUCACUGAACAUAGCGCAGCGGUGAAGGCGCUUGCAUGGUCACCACAUCACCAUGGCCUUCUGGUGUCUGGGGGAGGAACCGCCGAUCGUCAUUUGCGAUUCUGGAACACGUUGACUGGUCAGCCAAUGCAAGCUAUUGAUACAGGAAGUCAGGUAUGCAAUGUAGCAUGGUCGAAGCACAGCAGUGAACUGGUGUCAACCCAUGGGUAUUCCUUAAACCAGGUGAUAAUAUGGAAAUAUCCGAGCCUUCAACCUGUAACGAAGCUCUCUGGUCACCAAUUCCGUGUUCUAUAUUUGGCAAUGUCACCCGAUGGAGAGUCAAUAGUAACUGGAGCCGGUGAUGAAACACUACGAUUUUGGCAUGUAUUUAGUAAAUCUGGUCAGCAGAGAGCAGCUCGAAGCAAGUUGAACCUGUUUCAUAGCUUGAGAUGA